CCACCAACUAGUAAUGCCUAGCUACUUUGUGACGCGGACAGCAAUAUGAACUGGCGCCGGGAUGCCCUCAUAUUUUUAUCAUAUAUCGCUUGAGCUACUUCCUUGCGAGCGAUCCCGUUCCGCUGACGCUGAUCAGAGCGAGACGACUUCCCCGCAGAUAUCCUUAUCGUUUGAAUCUGCAUGUGAAGCUCUGCUUCCGUUCCAGAAGCGACGGCAUCACAAAUCCUCAGGACGCGGCCUGCGCGCAUCCGGCCGCAGAGAUCAAUGUCUGACGCCACAGGUGGUGAAUGCUUCACAGUAUCAAUCCGGCAGUGAUUUCACGGAGACCGUUACGGACAUACCCCCGCAUCCUCCUCCCUCAGUUACUCAGUCCCCGAACACUCUCACCGCAAUCAACAACGACUUGAGAUUGGACAGGUUGUAUAUUGAGAGCAUCGAUAUGGUACCACCAGAACAGAAUACAGCACAGUCGAAACGGGGCGAUAGAGGUCUAGCUGGGAGCAAUCCGGUGACCACGGGCAUUGGAACGGAUAUCUUAGGUGGUCUGCAUACAAAGGGCCGAUACGUUCCUCUAGACCAGAAAGUAUCGGACAGCGUCUGGGGUAUCGUGCACCUGUACCGAGAUGCUAAGGAGACACCCUCUCUCGGUGUAGAUGACUACCCGGCAGAGCUGAAGGGAUCGUCUGCCGCGCGACAGCCCCGCGAUCGACUGGGUGGGAGCAGCAACUAUCAAGUAGACGGCGGGGCGGGACGAAGCUCGUCGACGACGCCACCAGAUGAAGACUGCACGACCCUCUGUAUCUUGGCAGUACCGUCGUAUAUGUCACCGUCUGAUUUCUUUGGCUUUGUCGGUGAGCGGACCAGGGACGAUGUCAGUCACUUCCGCAUGAUCCGGACGGCUAGGGCCAAUCGCUACAUGGUUUUGAUGAAGUUCCGCAAUGGGAGGAGGGCGAGAGAAUGGCAGAGGGAGUGGAAUGGGAAGGUGUUUAACAGUAUGGAGCCCGAGACCUGCCAUGUCGUUUUCGUGAAGACGGUCGAAAUACAGGCAGUGACUGCAGAUGCUACUGACUCCGGCGAUCGGAGUCUUACACAGUCAACAACGGCAAACCUAACAGGCCAAACUAGUUCUCUGUCCACCGCUUCUCUCUCCAGCAAACCUCUCGCUCCGCCAACCCCCUCGCUGAUAGAGCUCCCAACCUGUCCUGUCUGUCUGGAACGGAUGGACGAGACGACAGGGUUAUUAACCAUCAUAUGCCAACAUGUCUUCCACUGUACCUGCCUACAAAAAUGGAAAGGGAGCGGAUGUCCAGUGUGUCGAUAUACGCAGGAUGGUUUAGCAAGACGCCAGAGCUUGGAUUUGGGCGAGGGGCCCUGCGAAUGCAGUGUCUGUCAUUCAGAACUAAAUCUUUGGCUGUGCCUGAUAUGCGGAAAUAUUGGCUGCGGCCGUUACGAUGGUGCUCACGCAUUUGCUCACUUCAAGCAGACGUCUCACGCCUUCGCCAUGGACCUUGCCACACAACGGGUUUGGGAUUACGUGGGCGAUGGUUACGUGCAUCGCAUCAUUCAAAGCAAGACUGACGGCAAGCUUGUCGAAUUGCCUGCCGCUGAUGACAGUGCGCUCGAUCCGCCAGACUGGGAAGACGCCGUGCCGCGCGAAAAGCUGGAGAACAUGAGUGUCGAGUACACGCACCUUCUUACCAGUCAACUUGAGAGUCAACGUGCGUACUUUGAAGAAAUUCUCGAACGUGCAGCCGAUAAAGCGUCGCAAGCGAGCAAUGCUGCAUCAGCGGCGCAGGAGGCUGCUGAAAAAGCCACUGCAAGUCUGACGAGCCUACAACAACAGUACGAUACUUUGACCCACGAGACUAUUCCCGGCCUCGAGCGCGAUAAGACCCGGGCGGAGAAGCGAGCAGAGAAAUUCGAGGGCAUGGCGCGCAAAAUGGAAAAGGAGUGGCGUGAAGAGAAGACUAUGAACGAGAGUCUGAUGCAGCGCGUCGAAUUCCUGACUGCAGAGGUAGAAAAGCUCAAGGCUGAGAAUGCGGACUUGAGCGAACAGAACCGCGACCUCACCUUCUUUAUCAGCGGAUCGGAAAGGCUGAAAAACCAAAGUGAAGACGUGGUUGAGGGAACAAUAAGUAUCCCAGAGGCAGAAAGUUCCAAGAAGAAGAAGAACAGAGGGAAAGGCAAGAGAUAGGAGAUUUAAAGGGAACGAGCCUGCAUUCUUGAGAAACGAUCGACGUGACGUCGGGUCCUUCCUUAGACCUAUCUCCAGUCGAAUCCAGAUUUUAGCAUAUUCAUCUGCGAUGGAAUGUACUCCAGAUGGCCGUACUAGACCUUGGUCAGGCGUGUCAUUUGAUAGAGAUGCAUGCUAGACUUCGAGCCGACCAGAGAAGUGCAGACACUACUGGGGGCACUAUUGUGACACUGGUGGUCUCCGAAGAUAUCCAUGACAUACAGUGCAGACACCACAAUUCAUUUCCCUGUUCAGUCUCCCAUUCGUGGUGAUCAACACUAUCCGUUGUCUGUGGCAGCCUUAGCGACAGUUUCUAA